GCGGACGACCGCUUCCGCAGCCUCGAAGCAGACCCGCAACGCCUCGCCGCCACCGUUCAGCAAGGUGCCUCUGGCGGACGCCCGCGGCCCAUCCUCCUGGACCUGGAUUGUGCGGACGCCGCCAUCUGGCCGCCUGUGCUGAAAUCCCAGAUGGCCUGCCCCAGCGAGGGCACCACGAGCGCCAGCGACAGCUGGGGCACUGGCGCGCCGCGGCGCCUCCGCGUCGGGCAGACCGCUGCGGUGGAAGGCCGCUGGGUAUGCGCGUGGCCCACCUGCUUCUUGAACGUCUGCGUGUGCUGCGCCCGCUGCACACAGCUCAUGCAGCGCGGCGACGACGGUGACGACCUACCGCGCUGCCCUUGGUGCCGAGGUCCCAACUUCUCGCUCGCGUGGUCUGCGUGGCCGCUCGUGUCUGACCAGUUUGUUCGUUGGGUUCGCUACUGCGCCGCCUCCGCCGAGAAUGGGCCAGCCGACUGCCGCGCCAUCGGCGCGGCGCUCUCAGCCAGCUCCGCGACCGCGGGGACCCCGCCGAAGGUCUACGCGCGGAUCGCGAGCCCUGGGUCGCUGCUGCCUGACCCGCAGCACGCGCGUGUGCUCGUGGCACCGGGAGAGGGCCUGACGGCUGCCGAUCACGAUCAGCGGGGCAUGCCAAGUGGCUCCCCCCGCAGGAUUGUCAUCGAAGCCCUGCCACCAGUCGCCGCCAUGGCCGCCAGGGCGACCGAGUCGGCCUUCGCGGCGCACCAGGGCUCCGAACGCGGUGGGCCCGAGUUCAGCGCUGAGCGCCCCUUCUUCAAUGCGGGCGGGUUGACGCGGUUCCAUCCUGACGACCUGCUGCUGCGAAGCCGUGCCGCGCGCAAGAAGCGCGUCCGUGGGGGCUGCGUCGCGUCAGGGAUCGUGUCCGAAGCCAACAGAGCCGCUGUCGCGGUGCGGCAUGUCCUGCAGCUGCUUGCCGCCCUCGCCCACUUCGACAUCGACCGCCG